AUGGAUUUGGAAGGUAUGCUGCGAAUCUUGUCUUUAGAUGCGGAAUGGCUUCGACUUUACAACGAGCAACAUGCAGACGCAAAGGCGUAUACAUUUACCGAGAACGACUUUGAGGCUGCCAUUGAUGCAUUUGAAAAAGAGUGGCAUUCGCUGAUAAAUCCGUUAAUCCUAAAGGAAGAGUUCAACACCGAAGUGUCAGACGAUUCUUGUUGCGAUGUCUGUGGAUCUCCAGACGCGUCGAAUGCAAACGCGAUAAUAUUUUGUGACCGAUGUGACAUGGCCGUCCACCAGGAAUGCUACGGGGUGCCUAGUAUUCCAGAGGGAAGAUGGCUAUGCACCAAGUGUGGACUGAUUCCAAAUUCCAUUGUCAACUGCACGCUGUGCCCGCAUUAUGAAGGUGCCAUCAAACCCACUGACGACGGAGGUUGGGCACACAUAGCUUGUGCACACUAUAUUGAAGAGACCGGGUUUUCAAACGAAACGUAUUUGGAGCCGAUCACUGGAAUUUCGCAGAUUUCCCCGGCAAGGUUGAAGCUAAAGUGCUUUCUUUGCAAAAUCAAACACGGGGCACCGAUCCAAUGCUCUUCAAAACAUUGUAAUGUUUCGUUCCACGUAAGAUGUGCGCAACUGGCAAACUUGAGCAUGGAUUAUAUGCAUAAACGCACAUAUUGCCCUAGACACACUCCAAACGGCCAAAAAGAUAGGACUUUUAAUGGGAUCGAACUCAACGCACAAGGUACAAUGCCAACUGAACCGAUACAAACGGUUAACCACCAAUAUUUUGUUCCCAAAGGCUUCAAAGUUGAAGGUGCAUCAUCAGAAACCCUGCCCACUCUGGUUCCAAACAUAGCCGAAAAAAAUGAACAACCAAACAGUGAGCCUAUUAAGAUUUCGCAGAUGCCACCUGUAUCUCCAGAAGUUAUUUUUUCCAGAAUUAGAAAUGGCGAGCCAUGGAAGCACGAUUCGAACAAGUUUCCGUGGAAAAAGGUAUCAACGGAGUCUUCCCAUCAAUUUGAGCAUUUUUUGAGGUCCGUAGCAAGAUAUUGGUCGCUUAAAAGAGACUUCAAGGGGGUGUCCUUGAUUCGACGAUUGUAUCUUGAAAAUUCAAGCCCCUCAAGUUCACUGUCCGAAGAUGUUUUGGAAGAAAUUACACAAAGGUUGAGGGGCGUCCGAUUUCAACUUGAAAUGAUCAGGAGCCUAGUUGAGCUCAACAAAAGGCUGUUUGAAUUGAAGCUAAAAGAUUUGCAGCAAAUAGGACGCAUUUCAAACUUACUGCGAGUGCCCACUUAUCAUGAACAGAAAGACGUGUUGCAAAAGUUAAAGUCCAUUGAUAAGCAAAAAUAUUUUCGAGAACCCGUAUCGGUUGAGUAUGCGCCAGACUAUUUGGAUAUUAUAGAAAAUCCGAUGGAUUUUGCAACGAUCGAGUUCAAGUUAACGACAGGAAAAUAUCUGCAAAAGGCUCAAUUGCUAAUACCCUCAACAAGCAAAGAUUCUGUGCAUCAACAAAUUUCAUCUGCGGCAUGGGAACUAUUCAAAAAAGAUUUUGACCUCAUCUGCUUUAAUGCAACGACAUACAAUGGCCCCAAAACAAGAUGGUACAAGGCAGCACAAAAUCUAAACGCCCUUGGGACGCCUCUCAUUGAGCAAAGGCAGAAGGCCUCUUUGUGUUUCCUCAAAGAGGCCAUAGAUUGGAUGCAAAGCCCCAUUUCAGAGUAUUUGCAAGUUUUGUGCCACCAGUUGUGCCCCUAUUCCAAGCUGCCAAUAGAAGAGCUUUUUGAUGAACAAAAAUAUGGCAGCUCCUAUAAAAAAAGCAAUCCCUACUCGCUGAUUGAUGUGGAAUACUAG